AUGGCCGCGACAAUUCUCUCCCUCGCCGAAGAGCGCUACCGCGACUCGCAGUCCUCGACCUUUCCACUCCCAACCAGUCCUUCCGAACCUCUCCCCGGAGCCCUGGCAACAAUUCUCUCUCACAAGUCCUGCCGCGCCUUCCUCCGUGACAAGCCCCUUCCCGCGGGAACGCUGGAAACACUCCUUACGGCCGCCCAAAGCGGCUCGACCUCAUCCCUCUACCAGACAUGGGACGUCGUCGCCAUCCAAGAAUUCGAACAUAGGUCCAAGGUUGCGACGCUCGCAGGCAACCAAGACUUCAUCCGCCAGGCUCCCCUGUUUCUUGCAUUCUGUCCGAAUCUGCGCCGUCUAGACAACCUUUCAAAGCAGUAUGAACAGCAACCGGCUAGGGCGCUCGAGAACAUGGACAUGUUUAUCAUGAGUGUCCUGGACGCGGCCAUCGCGGGACAGACCGUUGCCAUCGCUGCCGAGUCGCUAGGCCUGGGGGUCUGUUACGUCGGCGGACUCCGGAACAACGCAGAGCAGGUCUGCGAACUGCUGAACCUACCGCCGUUGACGUGGGGGGUAUUUGGGAUGGCGAUUGGGUAUGCUGAUCCGGAGAACCGGCUUUCGGGCAAGCAGAUUAAGCCGCGGCUGCCGAUGCGGGAGAUCGUCCAUAUGGAGCGAUGGAGUGAGGAGGGACAGAAGGAGAAUGUGGCGUCCUAUGACAAAUCUCUUGGGGCUUUUUAUGUGGAUGAAUCGAAGUUUGGGCGAGAGGGAUGGGGGGAGUUUGUAGCGGGCAAGGUUGCGCCGCGUGACCAGGACGGGAGAGAGAGAAUCCGAGCCGUCCUAGAGAAGCAAGGGUUUAAACUUGAAUAG